AGAGAGCGUUUGAUUUAAAUAAAAAAUGGAAAUUACACGUAGAAAAUAAUCCUGUUCUCUUCUCUGUAGCGAAUCUGAGGACUUAAUUCGAUAUGUAAUAAAUUUCACUGGAUGAUAGACGAAAAAUUAAUUUAUAUCCUCAGCGUUGGGAGUCUCGUUUUCUUCAUAGCCACGCGUAUCGCGGUCUGAAAUAGCGCAAUUCAGUGUGUAAGUUUACCAUGCUCGAAAAUAAAAUAACGGGGAAAACUAUACCGCCGAUUCCUCACGAGAUAUGGAGUUGCAGUUAGUUUAUGCUUCAUCAGAAAAAAGUGGGCCGGACAGUCACUCACCGGAGUCGUAAAUUAACGAUUCGGGACGGGGUAAAACUACUGCGCGCGAAGCCGUGGAGUCAUUGGACGGUGAACGUGUUCUGGCUUUUUCUACAGACGUUUUGUCCUUGUUCUUUCAGAUUGUGGAUGGGAUUCGGUAGUGAAAGAAGUGAAAAAAAUAAUUCUCCACUGCGUUGAGAGAAAAAGAAAAUUAUGUGCAUGUGUUUUUAUAAAUGAAAUGGAUUAUUUUUGUCCCUUGGUGCCAUUUCAUCACAGAGGGAACGGUGAGUUGGACACCACCGAAAAUUCUCUUCUGCAAACAGAAAUGUGACGGUCCUGAACAACAUGGAACUGCACAGUUCACUGUUUUCAUGAGUUUUCCUUUGGAAUUACUGAGUGUUUGAAGCAUGAGACGUUACGAACCUGUGGUGUCGUCUUUAUUUGUGAUUCUAUUAGUUUGUUCCCGGAUCGCCGCAGUCCGGUGGUUAGCUCUCUAUCAAAGCAAGCAGAAAUCCUGGACGGACGAUAAGAAUUGCUCCAAAUCCUUGGGACUUCUAGGCAAGCAGACGAGGCAGUGUAGGCAAAACCUGGACCUAAUGGGAACUAUAUCUCAUGCCGCGUACGUUGCCAUGGAUACCUGUCAAGGACAGUUUUCAGACCGAAGAUGGAAUUGCUCGUCUAUUCGGAAGACACCUAAACUAUCACGCGAUUUAGCGAGAGGAACAAGAGAGCAAGCCUAUGUGUACGCUAUAUCAUCCGCAUCUCUCGUGCAUUCCAUUGCACGUGCAUGUAGCGUAGGAGUUACCAACAAAUGCAGCUGUGGUACUUUGCCUAACUACCCGCCCCAAGGGAACUUUAAGUGGGGUGGGUGCGGGGACGACCUGAAAUAUGGGCUUCACUUCAGUGAGCAGUUUACUGACGCAGAACUGAUGAAGAAAGGGAAAAUUAAAAACUCAAAGAAGUCACAGAUGAACAGACACAAUAACAAAGUGGGGCGACUGAUUGUUGCCAGAAGCAUGACCAGAGCCUGUAAGUGUCACGGGGUGUCGGGCUCGUGCUCCAUCAAAACGUGCUGGAUGUCACUUCCGGAUUUCUCAGUGAUAGGGACAACUUUAAAAAAUCUAUAUGCCAAUGCUGUGGAAGUGCGGAGAAAAAAACGUAAAAAUAUGCGGUUAUUUGUCCCUGUGCGAUCUAAUGUACGAAGUGUUUCCAAAGAAUCUCUGAUUUAUUUUACAAAAUCUCCUGACUACUGCAGUCCGGAUCCAAAGACGGGAUCUAUAGGAACCAAAGGGAGGUUCUGCAGCAGCGAAAGCUCUGGAUGGGGCGGAUGUGACGCAAUGUGUUGUGGGCGGGGCUACCGAAGCUUCACCAAAACUAUAGUAGAACGUUGUGAAUGCAAAUAUUACUGGUGUUGUUACGUCAAAUGCAAAACGUGCGAAAAAACUCUUCACUUAAACGUUUGUAGGUAGUGUGUACUUGUUUUAAACUUCAGAGUUUGUUCGUUUACGAUAUAUUCUUCAGUGGACACCGUCAAUAUUCAUGUACAUCUGCCCUGGACUUUUGAGGGUGUAUGCAGAAACCUCACCCCAAAGAGGAAUAGGACAUGCUGCCAGAAUAUCGUGUGGAUUUGCCUUUUGUUGUAAUAAGGACGCAAAAUGAAUCCAGAAAAAAAGCCACGAUAUUAUUGCAAAUUAAAACGUCAUAUCGUCACUAUUGAUGUCAGUCAUUUGACUUUUUCUUCAGUUACAGUGUACAUUAUGAAACGUUAUGAAAUUGAGGUAGGAGUUCAAAGUUCAGUGCACCAUGUACUAAUACACUGCCAAUUGUAUUUCAUGAAAUCCAGUUGAGGUAUGUUUUGAUAAUUCAUUACAUACAUAUAAUGGUAUGUAUGUAGUGGAUGCUUCUCAAAUGGUUGUCAUUGAUAUCAACGUUGGAGAUUGUAGAUACGAUAAUUAUAUUUAUAUAAUAUAUAUAUAGUGAUGUAUAUAAACAUGUAUCUAUUAAUUGUCGGUUUUUACUUUUAUUUAAUAAUGUCGUCAAAUAUUACAUGUACACUGUGGUCCAUUUCCAUUAUAGAUAUACACAGUUUAGUAUUAUCCAUAUAUAGUUUUAUAUUUAAAAUAUUUCAUAUCGACGUUUAAAGCACAUUAUUUGGGGUUUUUUUCUUCUGAAUAAUAUAUUUAUAUUUACAUGUAUGGUAGCUCGUAACGGUUCAUGAUAGAGAAUGUGGCAAUAUGAAAUUAGAUAGGGUUGAUCUUUAUGAACCCACUAUCGUUCUGUUGCCGGUAUCAAUGGUUUAAAUUAUAUUUUCCGGUACUUUUAACUCCGAACAUUUUUGAUAAGUUCGAAUUCUUGUCCCCAUGUGUCACAAAUUGUGUCUUUAAAUCGGACACGUCAAUAGCAAAAUGAUGUUUAAAGUUCGGUCUCUUAUCAUGUAAACAUUGGGGUUGUUUGAAAUGUCGUAUAUAAGAUCCGCUUAAAAGUCCAAACACUUUAUACAUGUGUGCAUCGAACUACCGAUAUCAAUAUUCUGAAUAAUACUCGCAAAAAUAUCCCCGUGAAAUCUUCUUAAAUCACCCUAUUGUCAGAUAAAGAAUUGAACUGAAACACGUCAUAUGCCUUUUCUCUCUUACCAGAGCACCACAAUAAAAGCAGCCCUCAAACAAACGGUUCAUAACUGGAGACACAUUCAAAAUAAAUCAAGAUAUACAUGAAAUUAAAUUAAUGAAUAUAGUUGUAGAAGUUGCAUAUUUUGAUCCGUGGUUUUUUUUAUGCAAACAAUUUAUUCUAAAAAAUAUUUACAUACAUGUAUAUAUUUAAAUACAUGCCCAUUGAUCACGUGGUUGAAGUUGAUUUUCUUAAUUUUUAGAUUUGUUUAAAACACUAAAACCAGUAAGACCAGUUGUACUUAAGAGCCAAAAUGAGGCUGAUUCUAGUACAUCUAACUAUGUGAAGAUAUGCGACUGAUUCUAGUACAUCUAACUAUGUGAAGAUAUGAGAUUGAUUCUAGUACAUCUAACUAUGUGAAGAUAUGAGAUUGAUUCUAGUACAUCUAACUAUGUGAAGAUAUGAGACUGAUUCUAGUACAUCUAACUAUGUGAAGAUAUGAGACUGAUUCUAGUACAUCUAACUAUGUGAAGAUAUGAGACUGAUUCUAGUACAUCUAACUAUGUGAAGAUAUGAGAUUGAUUCUAGUACAUCUAACUAUGUGAAGAUAUGAGACUGAUUCUAGUACAUCUAACUAUGUGAAGAUAUGAGAUUGAUUCUAGUACAUCUAACUAUGUGAAGAUAUGAGAUUGAUUCUAGUACAUCUAACUAUGUGAAGAUAUGAGACUGAUUCUAGUACAUCUAACUAUGUGAAGAUAUGAGACUGAUUCUAGUACAUCUAACUAUGUGAAGAUAUGAGACUGAUUCUAGUACAUCUAACUAUGUGAAGAUAUGAGAUUGAUUCUAGUACAUCUAACUAUGUGAAGAUAUGCGACGGAUUCUAGUACAUCUAACUAUGUGAAGAUAUGAGACUGAUUCUAGUACAUCUAACUAUGUGAAGAUAUGAGACUGAUUCUAGUACAUCUAACUAAGGUGAAGAUAUGAGACUGAUUCUAGUACAUCUAACUAUGUGAAGAUAUGAGACUUAUUCUAGUACAUCUAACUAUGUGAAGUUAUGAGAUUGAUUCUAGUACAUCUAACUAUGUGAAGAUAUGAGACUGAUUCUAGUACAUCUAACUAUGUGAAGAUAUGAGAUUGAUUCUAGUACAUCUAACUAUGUGAAGAUAUGAGACUGAUUCUAGUACAUCUAACUAUGUGAAGAUAUGCGACUGAUUCUAGUACAUCUAACUAUGUGAAGAUAAGAGAUUGAUUCUAGUACAUCUAACUAUGUGAAGAUAUGAGACUGAUUCUAGUACAUCUAACUAUGUGAAGAUAUAGGUAUUAGGUUUUAAAUCGGAGUCCACAAACUGUACAUGUUUUUACACCUGGACCUCUAUGAAAAAAAACUAUGAUGCUUAUUGUUGUGAUGUAAAUAAUAUAAAUAUACUUAAGUUUAUAAAAUGAAAUAAAUGUUCUUAUAUUUUUA